AUGGAAGAGCAAGUGAAACUGCUCGGAGCUUUUCCAAGUCCCUAUAGUUAUAGGGUAAUUUGGGCUCUGAAACACAAGGGUAUCAAUUAUGAAUACAUCGAGGAAGAUCUUACAAACAAGAGCCAUGAUCUUUUGACAUACAAUCCUGUCUAUAAAAUGAUCCCUGUUCUUGUACAUGCUGGAAAACCAAUAGCAGAGUCAAUAGUCAUCCUUGAAUACAUCGAAGAGACAUGGCCUCAGAAUCCUUUGCUACCAAAGGAUCCUCAUGAAAGGGCUCAGGCUAGAUUCUGGAUCAAGUUUGGAGAAGAUAAGCUCAGCUCUAGAGCUGAAGUCUUUGUUUGUCAUUGGCUUUUUGUUUGUAAGUUUCAGCUCUAG